CAGAGUUAGAGGUAGAAAAAGAGUAGAGUGAAAGUACCGCUUUGUACUCCAGCAGACUAGUAGCGAUACACACCGUCGUUGUCAUGAACUCACAGGUGGUGACCAACCCAGAGGACAUUGCCAGGCUCUACAGAGAGCUCAGCCUCUUCCCUUCUUUGAGCAGAGCAGACGUAGGACCUGUGGUCACCUCUCAGUAUGGAGGCAAAUACAGCAACAUCUACACAGAAUGGAGCCAACGUGACCUGGACAGGAAUGAAAAUGUAAAUGUUUGCAGACAGUACAUCGUAUUUCAUGAUGACAAGUCGGUGGUGUACUCUGGAGCCUCAGGAAACUGCACUGAGAUCAAAGGAGAGCUGCAGAGCAAGGAUUCCCCCUCAGGUGACAUGAAGGCUGUGGUCAGAGAGUGCACAAUCAAAGGAGAGGACAAACAGUUUCUGGAGAUCUGGAGUAAAAACAUAAAGAUGAAAAGCAUAAAUCUAACAGCCUUAAAAAAACAUGGCAAAGUCUAUGAAGAUGACCAGUUUGGCUGCUUGGUGUGGUCCCACUCUGAGACACAUCUCUUGUAUGUGGCAGAAAGGAAGAGACCUAAGGCAAAAUCCUUCUUCCAGAGUGAGUCACCAAAGUUGUCUUCUAUUGGGGAGGAGGAGGAGGAGGAGACCGUGAGAAGGGAGGAAAAGGAGACUGUGAAAGGAGAGCAGUUUGUCUUCCAUGAGGACUGGGGAGAGGGGCUGGUUGGUAAAAGCUGUCCAGUGCUUUGUGUUUUGGACAUCGAGGGUGACAACGUCUCUGUGUUAGAGGACGUACCUGACAAUAUCUCACCUGGACAGGCAUUUUGGGCUCCAGGUGACACAGGCGUGGUGUUUGUUGGUUGGUUGCAUGAGCCUUUCAGACUUGGCCUCAAGUUCUGCCCCAACAGGAGUUCGUCUUUGUACUAUGUGGAUCUUGCUGGUGGGAAAUGUGAGGAGCUAACAUCAGGCACCAGUGCAGUGAGCUCCCCCAGGCUGAGCCCAGACCAGUGUCGGAUUGUCUACCUGGAAUGUGCUGUCUUUGGCCCGCACAUGCAGUGCAGCAGGCUCUGCAUGUUUGACUGGUACACUAAGAAGACCUCCGUGGUGGUGGAUGUGGUGAAUAGACCUGGAGAAGAUGGCUUUACUGGCAUCUACAGCUCUCAGUUGUCCCGUCAGUGCUGGUCAGCUGACAGUCAGCGUGUCAUUAUUUCCUGCCCUCAGCGCAGCCGCAAGGAUCUGUUGAUGGUGGAUACAAGCACAGGAAGCGUCACCUCUCUGACUUCAAAGUCUGACGUUGGUAGCUGGUGUCUGCUGAACAUAGAGAGAGAUCUGAUGGUGGUCAGCUGCUCCUCUCCAAACUGCCCUCCACGUCUGAGGGUAGGUUUCCUCCCACCCAGAGAUUCUCAGGAGGAAGUGGUCUGGGAUACUUUGGAAGACUCUCAGAUGUUGCCAGAAAUUGAUUGGCAGAUCUUGACUUUCACCCCACCACCAGAGCAAGACAACAGUCAAUACCCCGGCCUUGAUUUUGAAGCUUUGCUGAUCAAACCAAAGGAAGUGAAAGAUGGAGUGAAGCUGCCUCUCAUCGUGACUCCUCAUGGGGGUCCUCACUCAGUGUUUGUAGCCGACUGGUUCCUCUACUCGUCUGUGCUGUGCAGGAUGGGCUUUGCUGUAUUAAUGGUCAACUAUCGAGGCUCUACUGGGUACGGCCAGGACAAUAUCCUCUCAUUACCUGGCAACGUUGGCACCCAGGACGUCAAGGAUGUUCAAUUUGCUGUGGAAAGUGUCCUGAAAGGUGAUGAAUUCGACAUGCAGAAGGUGGCAGUUUCUGGGGGCUCCCAUGGGGGUUUCCUGGCCUGUCAUCUGAUUGGCCAGUACCCAGGGUUCUACAAGGCAUGUGUGUCUCGCAACCCUGUCACCAAUCUGGCCUCUAUGAUCGGCAGCACAGACAUCCCAGACUGGUGCAUGGUUGAGGCUGGCUUUGACUACACUACAGACUGUCUACCUGACCCUGCUGUGUGGGAACAAAUGCUGAACAAAUCCCCCAUUAGAUACGUCGCACAGGUGCAAACACCAGUAUUGCUUACCUUAGGGGAAGAUGACAAGCGUGUACCCAGCAAGCAAGGAAUUGAAUAUUACAGAGCUCUGCAAGCAAAGAAAGUCCCAGUCCGGUUACUGUGGUACCCAGGAAACAAUCACUCUCUCUCCAAGGUUGAUGCUGAGUCCGAUGGCUUUAUGAACAUCGCCUUGUGGAUAAUUCAACACUUGUGGAAGUGAUGGUACACACUACUGUAAAUGUAUGCAUGGUGGUGUGCCAAGGAUCUUGCUACCAGGAAAAGAGAGCAGGAGACUAUGGUGUGCAAUGGGUGUUCUGCUCACUCUUCCGGGACCAUGUGAGGUCCAAUCCAAAGCCAAAGCAUUGAAUGUCCUCUCCAACCUGAACACAGUUUGUAUAACUGUCCUUUACUUCUAUCUAAUCUACUGUAUCUGUGGCUAUGGUAACUGCCACUGCUUCUUCCAAUGUUUGUAAAAAUAAUAUUUUAACACACUACUUGAAUAGAAGUUGUUUUUUUUCAUACAAUUUUGCCUUUGCAAUCUUUAAACACACUGAGAAAAUAAAGACAUUUUCAGUGUGUUGCUUGUAACAAAUGAACAUUCAUUUUCUCUGCUAUACUUUUAGAUGUUAUGAUUUACAUAGAUGUACAUUUAAUAAAAUGAUUGUCAAAAUGCUA